UGUGAAGGGAGCGGACUCAGCGGAGGGUGAAGAAGACCAUAUGUUGGGAUAUGAAGGCUGAUAUAGGAGGAGGAUAAAGUGGCUGUCUGUCCAAUCUCACAGGUGCAGGCAUGUGCAUCCAAAAAGGCUGAGAGCCUUUUACCACCCUAGGCUGCCACCAUGGGCACCGCAUCCUCUCUGGUCAGCCCAGGAGAAGUGAUUGAGGAUGGAUAUGGGGGUGAAGGUGGGGAAGCCUGUGAGAUCCCAGUGGAGGUCAAGCCCAAAGCCCGACUCCUACGCAGCUCCUUUCGCAGAGGACCACGGGUGAUCGGGGCCAGUUUCAAGUCCACGGGUUCAGUGGACCUGGAGUACGCUGCGGAGUACGAGAGACUCCGUAAGGAGUAUGAAAUCUUUCGUGUCAGCAAGAAUAACGAAAUAUCAUCCAUGCAAAAGAAGGAAGCCAAACUGGAUGAGGAGAACAAGAGGUUAAGAGCUGAACUGCAGGCUCUGCAGAAAACUUACCAGAAGAUCCUUCGAGAAAAAGAGAGUGCUCUUGAGGCGAAGUACCAAGCUAUGGAGAGGGCUGCUACUUUUGAACAUGACAGAGACAAAGUGAAACGACAGUUUAAGAUUUUCCGUGAGACGAAAGAAAAGGAGAUUCAGGAUCUCCUCCGAGCCAAAAGGGACCUAGAGGCUAAACUGCAGCAGCUGCAGGCUCAGGGAAUCCAAGUCUAUGACCCGCAUGAUUCUGACUCAGAUGACAACCAGACCACUGUUACCGCUGCCGGAACACAGUGUGACUACUGGACUGGUGGUGCACUGGGAAGUGAGCCCUCUAUGGGCAGUAUGAUGCAGUUGCAGCAGACUUUCCGAGGACCAGAGUUUGCUCACAGUCUGAUCGAUGUGGAGGGACCGUUUGCAAAUGUGAGCAGAGAUGACUGGGAUGCUGCAGUAGCCACUUUACUUCAGGUCUCCCCUCACGUGCCCCAGGCCUUAUGGAGUAACACAGUACGCUGCUACUUAAUCUUUACUCAGGAGACCAAAGCUGAGUUGGAUAUCUUUAUGAAGAAACACUCCUCUGUGUUACGGAAGAUGUGUGAGGGUCUGGGUCAUUUCUACCUGAACGUCUGCUUCCCAGAGGAAACCGCUGCCUCAUAUGUUGUGGAGCGCAAGCAGGAGCUUGAACGAAGCUCCGUGUGUGUGCUUCUCCUCAAAUCUACUGUCUCCAGCUCUGCGGUGGAGGAUUGUGAGGAGGCGUUUGUGAAGAAUCCAGAUGGUCAUCCACUGGUGCUCUACCUCAGAACUGACGAAGAUCACAGUUUGACUGGACCCACCAGGCAACUGCUGGAAAGGGUCAAUGCUGCGGACAAGGCUGGUAAAAUCAAGGUGGUGGAUCACAGUGGAUCCGCAGAAGAUGGAGCUGACCUAAUUCAUGCUCAGCUAGAGAGAGUCAUCAGACAGGAGUUGCUGGGUUUUGAAGGAGCAGAUGUGGAAUCCAAGGACUCUGGGAUAGAGGAGGGGCGUGAGGAAGACUCUGGAGAUGUCCUCUGGGACCUGCACGAUGAACAGGAUCAGAUUGAGUCCUAUCAGCAAGCCUGUGGCAGCACCACCUCCCAGCUGGGUUUCCAGAGGUAUAUAGAUCGUUUGAAUGACAUGAUCGCUGCUCCCCCUCCCACCCCUCCUCUGCUGGUGUCUGGUGGUCCAGGCUCAGGAAAAUCUCUCCUGCUUUCCAAAUGGAUUGAGCUGCAGCAGAAGCAGACGCCCAACACUUUGUUUCUGUAUCAUUUUGUUGGUCAUCCUCUUUCCACAAGUUCAGAGCCUGUUCUCAUAAUCAAACGCCUUACAGUCAAACUGCUGCAGCAUUUCUGGUCCAUUUCCGGCUUGUCUAUGGAACCCAGUAAGAUCUUGGAGGAGUUUCCCCGCUGGCUUGAAAGACUUUCCGCACGUCACCAAGGAAACAUCAUCAUCAUCAUCGACUCCAUCGACCAAAUACAACAAGCGGAAAGGCACAUGAAGUGGCUGAUCGACCCCCUGCCUGUUAAUGUGAGAGUGGUGGUGUCAGUCAAUGUUGAGACGUGUCCUCAGGCUUGGAGGUUGUGGCCCACGCUCCACUUAGACCCACUAAGUCCCAGAGAGGUUAGGAGUGUUGUCAAUGCAGAAUGUCAGACUGUUGACUUCAAGCUUACCAAGGACCAGGAAAAGAAGCUGGAGAGGCACUGUCGCUCUGCGUCCACAUGCAAUGCACUGUAUGUCACACUCUUGGCAAGGAUGAUCAUCAGCUGGUCAUGUUGGUCACAGGAGAAGAGCAUGGAGCAGUUUCUGCAGUGUCCAGACACCAUGUCACUCUACCGUCUGGCACUGAAGAUGGCGCUGAGCUCCCUUAACAACGACAGAGAGCGACUUGUAAUGAGAGAGAUACUGUGCCUUGUAUGUGCGAGCCAUAAUGGAGUGAGUGAAUCUGAGGUCCUGGACCUUUUCCCAGAGCUUGAGGUACCUGUCCUGUCCUCUAUGCUGUACCACCUGAACAGACUCUGCAUUGUAACUCUCCGUUGCGGGCUCGUCAGGUUCCAACACCUGCAGGCUUGGGAAGCUGUGAGGUUGGAGUUCCUUGGUGGAGGAAGCAGCUCUGCUACUUAUAGAGAGAAACUUAUCCAUUAUUUCAGCCAACAACUCAGCCAGGACCGCGUGACGUGGCGUGUUGCAGACGAACUUCCCUGGUUGCUCCAACAGCAGGAGGACAGGACGAAUCUUCAGCUCAGCCUUUUGAACCUGUUUGUGUCCCAAAAUCUCUACAAGAGGGGUCAUUUCUCUGAGCUGCUGGCCUAUUGGCAGUACGUAGGCAAAGACAAAAGCUGCAUGGCCAGUGAGUACUUUGACUCUCUGAAACACUAUGAGAAAAACUGUGAGAGUGAAGAGAGCAUGACCAAGUUGGCAAACCUGUAUGAGACCUUGGGACGUUUCCUCAAAGACCUGGGCCUUCCAAGUCAGGCUGUAGCCCCUUUACAAAGGUCCCUUGAAAUCAGGGAGACGGCCCUGGAUCCGGACCAUCCCAGUGUGGCCCGCUCCCUACAUCAGCUGGCCGCGGUUUAUGUCCAGUGGAAGAAGUACGGCAACGCUGAGCAGCUGUAUAAGCAGGCCAUGGAGAUAAGUGAGAACGCCUACGGUGCCGAGCACGCCAGUGUGGCACGAGAGCUGGAGUCACUCGCCAUGCUCUAUCAGAAACAAAAUAAGUAUGAACAAGCAGAGAGACUCCGCAAGAGGUCGGUGAAGAUUCGUCAGAAAACUGCUCGCCAGAAAGGGCAUAUGUAUGGCUUCACUUUGUUGCGACGCAAAACUCUGCAGCUGGAAGAGCUGACGCUGGGGAAAGACUCUGCCGACUGUGCCAAGACCCUGAAUGAGCUGGGGGUCCUGUACUACCUCCAAAAAAACCUGGAUGCAGCCAAGGUGUUUUUGACCCGCUCCCUGGAGAUGCGUCAGCGAGUCCUCGGUCCUGAUCACCCAGACUGUGCUCAGUCUCUCAACAACUUGGCCGCACUGCACACUGAGAGGAGGGACUACGAGACUGCCGAGGACAUGUAUGAGAGGGCGCUGGACAUUCGCAAGAAGGCCCUAUCUCCAGACCACCCGUCGCUGGCGUACACACUCAAGCACCUGGCCAUGCUGUAUAAACGCAGAGGAAGGCUGGAGAAGGCUGUGCCACUGUAUGAGCUGUCCCUAGAAAUAAGGGAAAAGAGUUUUGGGCCCAAACAUCCCAGUGUGGCCACAGCACUGGUCAACUUGGCUGUAAUAUACUGCCAAAUGAAGAAACACAGUGAAGCUUUACCUUUGUAUGAACGAGCACUGAAAGUCUAUGAGGACAGUUUAGGACGCUCACAUCCACGAGUUGGAGAGACCCUUAAAAAUCUGGCUGUGCUUAGCUAUGAAAAGGGUGACUUUGAAAGAGCAGCGGAGCUUUACAAGCGGGCGAUGGAGAUUAAAGAGGCGGAACCAUCGCUUGUAUGUGGAAAUGCACCGUCCCGCCAUUCCUCCAGUGGGGAUACGUUUAGUCUCAGGGGACCUGCUCCUCCCCCACAUGCCCCAAGUGCUGGUCAGUCAAACCCAACCUUUCUAAUACAGACACCCACCAAAAGUUAUGUCCUCAGGAAGAAACCACCCGGCAAGCUGCUGCCAGGGGCUCACAAGAUGGACAGAGAGUAUCGGGUACAAAAGGCCCUGUUUUCUGUGGGAUUCCCUGUGCCUAAGCCUCUGUUACAUUGCACUGAUGCACAGGUCAUUGGAACAGAAUUCUACUUGAUGGAGCAUGUGAAGGGUCGCAUAUUUAGGGAUCUUCGCCUCCCUGGAAUGAGUCCUGCAGAGAGAACGACCAUGUAUGUGGCUGCAGUGGAAGUGUUGGCAAAACUACACUCGCUGGACCUGCGAUCACUGAACCUUGAAAGAUAUGGGAAAGGACCAGGCUACUGCAAGAGACAGGUGUCCACCUGGAUGACGCAAUACACUGCUGCAGCCCACAGAGACAUUCCAGCCAUGAAUCAACUGUCUGAUUGGUUGAUGCAAAAUUUGCCAGCCAAUGACAAUGAGGUCACACUCGUCCAUGGAGAUUUCCGAGUGGAUAAUUUAAUAUUCCAUCCAACAGAGGCACGUGUGAUAGCAGUGUUGGACUGGGAGCUGUCUACCACUGGGCAGCCCCUCGCAGACUUGGCCUAUUACCUAAUGCCUCUCUUUUGGCCCAGAAGCCUAAACAUUGUCGAAACAAUGGGCAGCUUAAAGGAUGUAGACGGGAUUCCAACUGUAGAUAAUCUGAUCUCCAUUUACUGCCGGUGCCGUGGGAUCCCAUUUGCUCUGCCACAGUUGAAUUUCUACCUGGCCCUGUCUCUCUUUAAAAUGGCAGGUAUUGCUCAGGGAAUCUAUGCUCGCCACCUUCUGGGUAAUGCUAGUGCUCCCAAUGCAGCACAGUUUGGCCAGUGUGUGGAGCCCUUGGCGAACAUUGCCUUGCAGCUUGCAAAGGGACCGCUCACAGGUCCAACAGAGGACAAGCUCUUCCUCCAGACAGCUAAAGGUCAUACUGUUCUCCAGCAAGUCAAAGACUUCAUGAGACAACAUGUCCUUCCGGCUCAAGAGGAAGUUGCAGAGUACUACUCCAAACACGCUCAGUCUUCACAGAGGUGGCACACACCGCAAAUAAUACAGGAUUUAAAGGUGAAAGCCAGAGAGGCAGGGCUGUGGAACCUAUUCCUGCCUGCAGUCAGUGGCCUCAGUCAGUUGGACUAUGCCUACAUUGCAGAGGAAACUGGUCACUGUGUCUUUGCCCCUGAAGUCUUCAACUGCCAGGCUCCUGACACGGGGAAUAUGGAGGUGCUGCACAUGUUUGGCAAUGAGGAACAGAAAAGGAAGUGGCUGGAUCCCCUUCUCCGAGGCGAGAUCCACUCCUGUUUCUGCAUGACAGAGCCUGAUGUGGCCUCCAGUGAUGCAACCAACAUGGAGUGCACCCUUCAGAGGGAUGAAGACAACUAUAUCAUCAAUGGAAAGAAAUGGUGGAGCAGUGGUGCUGGCAAUCCUCAGUGCAGAGUGGCCAUUGUAAUGUGCAGGAGUUCUUCCCAGGAUGUUAGCGGCAGGCACGGCCAACACAGCAUGAUCCUCGUUCCCAUGGACACACCUGGUGUAAAGCUCGUCAGACCGCUCACUGUGUUUGGACAGGACGACGCCAUACACGGAGGCCACUUUGAAGUGCACUUUGAAAAUGUCCGUGUCCCUGCCUCCAACAUUAUUCUGGGAGAAGGCAGGGGAUUUGAGAUUGCUCAGGGUCGUCUGGGUCCGGGCAGACUGCACCACUGCAUGAGAGCUGUCGGCAUGGCAGAAAUGGCGCUGGAGCUGCUCUGCCGGCGCGCUGCUACCAGGCGCACAUUUGGGAAAAAGCUGUACCAACAUGAAGUUGUCGCUCACUGGAUUGCAGAAUGCCGUAUCUUGAUUGAACAGACGCGGCUACUGACUCUCCACGCUGCUCACGCAAUAGAUACAGCGGGGAGUCGGGCUGCUCGAAAACAGAUUGCCAUGAUUAAAGUGGCUGCAGCCAGAAUGGCCUGUAAGGUGGUGGACUGUGCGAUCCAGGUUUACGGAGGUGCAGGUGUGAGUGGGGACUUCCCACUAGCACAUAUGUAUUCCUAUGCACGGACUCUGCGCCUUGCUGAUGGACCAGAUGAGGUGCACCUUUCCUCCAUUGCUCUUCUGGAACUGAGGGAUCAACUUAAGAAGACACAGGCCAAACUGUAAUCAGCCUCCCUUAAGAUUUUGUCUUAACUGACUGCUGAUGUCUAAUAAUAUCUAAUAAUUUAGCAAACAAUUUACACAGGUGUGUUUAAAUGAAUUAUUAUUUUAAUAAACAUGUAAAAACACAUGUA